AUGUCGUCAAACCAGCGCGCCGUGAUUCUUGCCAGUCUGAGAGGUCAGACAUUCCGCAUCCCUGAUCUCCAUGCAGUCUUUUCAGGAUGGCCACAAGAUACAAGCCGACAUUUGCCCAGCAUCGUGCCUGCCAUGGACAGCAUUCUUGACAGCAACGCAUGCAGCGACGCCAUGACCAAAAAAUUGAAGCAGGAAGAUCUUGCUACACUGACCGCGAGGUGGUGGCCAGUGGCAGACCUUGAAACCUUGCUUGAUCUAGCACAGUUUGUUGCCUGCAUUUUCUCAACAGAUGGCAUGAUCGAUCAGGCGUCAGGCCCGGGCAAAGACAAGACUCAAGCCUUCCAAGCCUUGCAUCGUAGCACUGACAAAUUUGUCGAGCAACGUCUUGACAUGUCUCGUGAUGCAAAGGUGCCCCGCUCUUCAGACUCAUUGAUCAACAGCUUUCGUGUGUUGAGCGGCUUGCUUCGUAAACGAUACACAAUCGAGCAGCAGAAGAUGUUCCUUGACGAAGCCAAGUUCACCAUGGAGAUGUUGAAUCUUCAGCAAAAGCUCCGGCUCGAUGGCAAGAUUCCAAGUCUUGCAGAGUACUGCACCUACCGUCAAGGUUCAUGCUGCAUUAAUGCCAUGGUCGCCCUGGUCGAGUAUGGUAACAGCCUGUGCAUCCCUGGCGAGGUCAUGAACAACCCAGACAUGAAGGUUCUCAAGAAAGAAGCCGUACAUGCAAAUUGGAUCACGAAUGAUAUUGUGUCAGUGAAGAAAGAGCUCGCUUCCGGCUUCGUUGAAAAUCUGGUGGUGCUUUGCGCAUCGGAUGGAAAUGCGCAGACUGGUGUCGACACUGCUGUGAAGCAUUUGCGGUCAUCGGUGGAGCGCUUUGAAGUCGCUGCGGCGAAGCUCGCUACAUAUUAUGCUGGCGAUAAAGCCCUCGCUGAAGACAUUGGCAAGUUCGUACAAGGAUGUCGAUGUAUGUGCAUGGGGAGCUACACUUGGAGUCUUACUUCGAAGAGAUAUGGUCUUGAGGAGAUGAAGCGAGAUGGUGCUGGCGGGUUGGUGGUUGUGGUUUGA